GUGAAGGUGAUUCAAGUGUAAUGCAGGAGAAUGAAAGCAAGUUAUCUGCAAGAGUGAAGUUUUAUGAUUCUGCCAGAAAAAUCAAGCAGAGAACACAGGUUCAAACUGGUUAUCCUUCUUCUGAAGAAGCCUAUAAUUUCUUUACUUUUGAUUUUGGUCCUGAACCAGAGAACAUAGAGGACCAAACUGCUAAGAAGAAAAAGAGUGUAUUGAGCAUGGAUAACAAAGAGGGGGAAGUUCAGGGAUCAGCGCUCAGCAGCCAAGAAGAGCGAGGAGAGAGUGAAAUGGAUGAAGAGGAACGCCUUGUUUGUGAUAAAGAUGAUGAUGACCUGUUUGUUUUAGAACAGACAGCACUUGAUUUCCUUGUAGUUAGACCUGCAGAAUAUGAAAGCUACUCUGGACGGGUGCAGAAAGAGAAAGAAAUGUUCUUCAUUCCCAGUAUGCUAAGAGUGCCUGCCUCAUUGAAGGUACCUGAAAAUAUGCAGCCAAGGUACCUGGAGGAUGAAGGUCUAUAUGCAGGAAGGCGCCCCAUUGUAUCACUAUCAAACCAAAAUAUUAUAGAGAAUAGGAUACUGAAGCAGGAACAGGGGAAAAGGUGGUUUGGAGAUGAUGGCCAAAUUUUAGCUUUGCCCAAUCCAAUUAAGCAGUCCCUGACCAGACCACCAAUAUUUCCAGCUGAAGAAGGUAAAGAAUCAGAGCUAGUGACGUUUUAUAAAAAGGCGAUAAAAAUGAAGCUUGCCAAUCAGUAUAUUGUUGGAUCAGAUGACCCUCAGGGACAGUUUCAGCUGGAUGUUGAUAUUUCUGGAUUGAUAUUCACUCACCAUCCCUGCUUUAGCCGUGAGCAUGUCUUAGCAGCUAAACUUGCACAGUUGUUUGAUCAGUAUCUAUCAAGAAGACAAAAGAAUCUCACCAAACUUCUUACAGAUAAGUUGCGUGCGCUCAGAAAUGCUUUACAGAGUAUUUGGGAUACUAGUGAAAGUGGAGUGCUUAAUCCAGUCACACAGCAAAGCAUAACGGAAUAUAAGCUUGAAAUAAGGCAGACAAGAAGACUUCGUGAUGCUGAGCAGGAAAAAGAUCGAUCCUUGCUUAAGGCUAUUAUCAAAGUUUGGAAAGAAAUCAAAUCCCUGCGUGACUUUCAGAAGUUCACUAAUACACCCUUGAAGCUCUACUUGAGGAAGGAGGAAGUUGACCAGAGGUUGGAUGAAAAGGAAUAUGAGGCAGAAAUUCAAUCUGAAAUAGCUGAACUGUUCGAAGAAAACAAUGAAGACUAUGAAAAGAACAUGGAAAAAUAUAAACUUGAACUAAAUGAAUGGAAAUCUUGGAAGAAGGCACAGAAGGCCAAGAAGAAAAAGAAGAAAAAAUCAAAUCAAAACCCAGCAGAUGAAGAAGAACUAGAAGAAUCUGAAUGCUUAGAUGAACCUGUGAAACCCAUUCCUCCACCAGUGGUUGAUAGACUGCAGAUAGAACAGCAAGUUCGAGAGAAAGUUGCAGAUAUUAGAAGGAAACCAGGAGAGCCUGUUUUAGUUCCUGAACUGAGCCUAACGGGGAAUAUCACUCCUAAUGAACUUUGUCCUAAAGCUGAAAUUUUAAGACGUGAAGAUGUAAAGAAACGGUCUUUAUUCAUAAAAAUUCUUUUCAAUUCCAAAGAAGUGUCAAGGACAGUUUCGCGGCAAAUAUGCUCAGAUUUCAGAAUUCAUUUUGGACAAAUUUUCAACUUGCAAAUAUUCAAUUGGCCAGAGAGUUUGAAACUACAGCUAUAUGAAACAGUGGGACUAAGCACUGCUAACUUGUUAAUGGAAGUAUUUAUACCAAUCCCUGAGACGACAGUACUAACAGGGAGAGCUACAAUCGAAGAAAUAGAAUUCAGCAGUGACCAGCGUGUGAUGUUGGACCAUGAAGGAGUGGGGAGUGGUGUACCAUUUUCAUUUGAAGCCGAUGGUAGUAAUAAAAUAAUUUUAAUGACAUCUGGGAAAGUGUCCUGCUGUGUCUCCUGGGCAGUUGGAGAAAAUGGGAUACCUUUGAUUCCUCCAGUGUCACAGAAGAAUUCUGGAGUCACAAGCGCUCUAAAAAAUAUUGAUGCCAUUGCAUCAAUUGGCACUUCAGGGUUAACUGACAUGAAGAAACUAGCCAAAUGGGUGGCAGACACCAAGCUUGAUCCAAAUGAUCCAAGCAAUGCAGCCUUGAUGCAGCUGAUUAUGGUUGCUACAAGUGGUGAUGCGUCCGUUCCUGAUUUCUUCAGACUAGAGCAAUUGCAACAAGAAUUCAACUUUGUUUCUGAUGAAGAGUUUAACAGAUCCAAAAGAUUCCGACUUCUAGAGCUCAGAAAUAGUGAAGUGGCUGAGUUUCGAAAUUAUAAGUGUGUUCCAUUACUGGAAAGAGAAAUUAAUGAAAAAAUUUUCCUGGACUAUGAGAAAAGAUUGCGUGAGAAAGAUGUAGUUGAUACCAAAGAUCACCUGGAUGCACAUAGAGCAUUAGUUGCAAAGUACCUCCAAAAGGUUCGGGAGUCAGUAAUUAACCGAUUCCUGGUUGCCAAGCAUCAUUUUCUCCAUUCUGAUCUGGUCAAUGAAGAUGAAAUCCCCACUCUUGGUUCUGAAGGUCCAGGCAUUUUGGGCCUCAGCCUGUUCAAACUGACAGAGGCAAAACGGCCCUUAAAACCAAGACGAAAGGAGAGGAAGAAAGUAACUGUGCAGAACCUUUCAGAUGGUGACAUAAACCUCUUGGUGAACAUCACUAGAGCUUAUGAGAUUCCUGUCAGAAAGCCAGCUGGGAGCAAACUUCAGCAGCCUUCUAAAUCAUCAUGGUCCUUCAAUGAAAUGUUUGCUGCUUCUGCAACUCCUCAGAGCCCAACACACAGUGUGGACUGGGCAUUUAACCAAGUUUCAGUCCGACCUUUCGUAGAAGUUUCUUUUCAGAGAACAGUGUGUCGGACCACCACUGCUGAAGGGCCAAAUCCAAACUGGAAUGAAGAGCUUCAACUUCCAUUUAGAGCUCCUGAUGGUAACUACAGCACUUCCAGCCUGCAGUCAGUAAAGGAUGACAUCUUCAUUAACAUAUUUGAUGAAGUAUUGUAUGAUGUGUUAGAGGAUGAUCGUGAAAGGGAAACUGGUGCCAUCCACACUCGCACUGAGAAGCACUGGCUUGGAUCAGUUCGGAUUCCAUUUACAACAGUGUAUUUUCAAGGAAGAAUUGAAGGUACAUUCAAGAUAGAUAUUCCCCCAGUUCUUCUUGGAUAUAGUAAAGGGAAAAAUAUGGGAAUUGAAAGAGGCUAUGAUUCCUUUCGAAAUAUUAGUGAAGGCUCUUUUCUGUCAUUGUUUGUUACAAUUGAACCCCAGCUCAUUCCUGGAGAAUCUAUUCGGGAAAAGAUGAAUGAAAUGCUUAAGAAGUUUGACAGCCAAGAAGAUGAGAAGCUUCUCCAAGCAGCUGAACGAUACCAAGCUGAAUGUGCUCUGAAGUUUCCAAACCGCCAGUGUCUGACAACAGUAAUUGACAUCAAUGGAAAGACAGUAUUUAUUACAAGAUACAUCAAACCUCUGAACCCACCAGAGGAACUCCUACAGCUUCAUGCAGACAAUCCACAAGAAACUUCUGAGCUAGUGGCACGCUACGUUGCCUUGAUUCCUUUCUUACCUGAUGCUGUAUCAUUUGCUGGAAUUUGUGAUUUAUGGAGUACUUCAGAUCAAUUCCUUGAUCUUUUGGCUGGAGAUGAAGAAGAACAUGCUGUGCUCUUGUGUAACUAUUUUCUUGCUCUUGGCAAAAAAGCCUGGCUUCUAAUUGGAAAUGCUAUUCCUGAAGGACCAACAGCAUAUGUACUAACUUGGGAACAAAAUCAGUAUGUGAUCUGGAAUCCCAGUUGUGGCCGCUUCUAUGGACAAUAUGAUGCUUUCUGCCCAUUAAAAAGCGUUGGCUGCUUAAUUUCCUGUGACAAUGUUUGGUUCAAUAUUCAGCAGUAUGAUUCCCCUCUGAGAAUGAACUUCGAUGUCACUAAAUCCAAAUUCUGGAAACCCUUUUUUUCAAGAAGCUUACCAUUUCCUGGCCUCUCUAGUGUGCAGCCAGAAGAACUAUUCUACCGACGUGUAGACAAGGCAGCUGCAUUAGAGCUACAGGGCAGACUUGAGAAAAUAUUGAAAGAAAAGAUCAUGGAAUGGCGGCCAAGAUACUUGACACAUUGGAACAGAUAUUGCACCUCCACUCUUCGGCACUUCUUGCCACUGCUGGAAAAAAAUCAGGGCAAAGAUGUGGAGGAUGACCAUCAGGCAGAAUUACAGAAACAGCUGGGAGAUUACAGGGUGUCAGGAUUUCCUAUCCACAUGGCAUUUUCAGAAAUUACACCUUUAAUAGAAGCAGUAUACAGCACUGGAGUUCAUAGCACUGACAUUCCCAAUGUAGAGUUUGCAUUAGCUGUAUAUGUUCAUGCUUACCCUAAAAAUGUUCUUUCAGUGUGGAUUUAUGUUGCUUCAUUGGUUCGUAACAGAUAGAAGUAUUCCUGCUACACUCUCUAUCCCAAAUAUUUCUAUGCAUCUUACCUGCUGUUUCUAGUAUUUGAAUAAGAGUCGUUUUGUAUUUUAAACAGACGCUUUUAUAUUUUUAUACAUUAAAUAUAGAAUAUGAAAUAAGUUGCAGUGGUUUCAAUUGCAAAUUCUAACCAGUUUUCUUAAUGUCUGGUGUAUUUAUUCCAAGAAGUCUCUAAUGGCACACUGAAGUCUCUCUCACUCCUAGGGUCGCCAUAAGUCAAGGCAGACUCGAUGGAAAAUGACAAGUAAUUUAAAGUCUGGCUUAUUUUAUCCAAUGGUGAAAGCACUGCAGGCACUACCAGUGAGCAAAAUGAGACAGUCACUUUAGGCAGUAGAUGCUUGGAGAAGCACAGAACACUGGCAUGGACUGAAGUGUAUGUCUUGCACAUCCUGCUCUGCAUGUUGUGUCAUGUUAUUCUGCUGCAAUGUCUCAGGCUGGCCCUGACUAGAAGAACAUAGAGAAGAGGGGAAGGGAUCAUAUAAGCCUCCUUAUAUUACUGGAUUACAACUCCCAGAACUCCUCACCAGUGGAACAAAAUAUCCUUUCCUGUCAAAAUUAAAUCUAUACUCAAGUUUUUAAAGUCAUUAUUUAACCAGUCAAAUAUACAAUCAAGUCUCUUUUGUCUAUUGUAUACCAUCUUUAUACCAACAGCUGUACACACCUGGUACCUUUGUAACCAGUUGUUUAAACUUAAAAUGUAACAUUUAGAAAGCGAAUUUCUUACAUGCAAGCUAUUCUUGAGUGGCAGAUCAGA